GCUAUUUUUUUCAGCCGACGUGCGCUUCUUCCUCCUCUCUGUCUAUAAAAUCCGUUGGAAUGAGAGGGUUUGAGGCUGUUGAAGUUUCGGGGAGGAGAUGGGGGAGAUAAGGUGUUUGAAAAGUUUGGACUUUGUUUGAUCCAGGCUCGUUUGCGCUCUUCCUUUUUUUCUCUUUGGAUCUCAACUGGCUUGUGCAUUUUUUUUCUUGUGUGCUCGGGACUGUUCGAUUGGGGGUCCUUGUGCUUUCACACCAAGAAUAUUGUUUGGGCUUGCAAGUAUUUUUGUAGGGAUUUCAGAAGGCAUGACCCAUGCCUGCUAAGUGGAUUGAUUGCAUAAUAUAUUUAUCUGGGCAUCAUAUUUGUGGAACGAGAAAGAUGCAUCAUUAGAGGCCGGGUCUCAUGGCUAAAGCUGCUAUCUUUGAUUCUUCAUUGGCAGCUGACAUCCUUCCUGUCGGAAGGUGUCAGUCUAAUUUGAAAAUGAAAAGGAAAACUCCCUCGGAACUUAGGGGUGAGCAGUUGAAACGGAAAAAUGGUGUUAUACAUUCAGAUGAAAAAAUUGCUAAGAUGCUAUUAUCUGAAAGUGGAGCAGACAAUGAACUUAAGAAACCUGAAUGGAUUAAGGCUCCUAGAUAUAUUGACACUAGGGUUAGUGAGGUGUAUCCCGUGAGGAAAUCAAGUGAGAUAUUUAGAGUGCUCCGUGGAAAAGACAAAAUUAAGGAUGUUGCAUCUAACAUUGAAAUUUCGAAUGGCCUUGAUAACCCAUAUGUUGUUGAGAACUUUCCAUCCGAGAACAUAACUUCACUCUCAAGAUGUAAAGUUGAAUCUUCUGCAAAAUUGGAGAGCUCUGAAUCAUCUAGCAAAGCAUCUGAUGACCGAGGUUUUAGGAAGAUUGAAAAGUGUAGCCAAAGUGCUUUGCGUAAUGUUGUUGAGAUUCACUUAGGCGAUGCAAAGCCAUUAGAUUCUACAAAAGUUGAUAUUGAGAAAGCACUGAAAGGAUUGGUUGUUCGAGAUAAAUCUUCCAUACCUGGUUCAUUUAUCGGUGCUUCUAGCAAUAAAAAUGAUCUACCUUCAGCUUAUGUAAGAAAAUUAUCUCCUGAAUUUCACAUAUCAGGACGUAGGGCUCCUUUAGAUUUUACUUUAAAAACCACGCUACGGUUCAUCUCUUCAUCAUCAGUAAAGUGGUGUCACAGAGUAAAUGCUACCCCUGCUUUCUUUGAAAGUGAGCAACACACUUAUAAUUAUCUUUCCAACACGGACCAACAAACUGCUUGUAAACUAGGACACGGUACACCUACUGAAGUCAUGUAUUCUAAAGCUAUUCAAUCUUGGGCAUUUCCGCAAUCUCUAUUGCCUACUUCCAUCAUUAUUGCAAUGACUUUAUCCGCUACAAAAGGAGAAACAGAAUUUUUAUCACAAAGACAACAAGAUUGGGAGGAUUCUUUUUCAAACCUCUACUACAUGCUUCGAAAGAACAUUUGUAGCAUGUUUUAUGUUUGUACUUCACAGUUCGUCGUGCUAUUCAUUGGUAACAAGUCUUUGGGGAGGCGACAGUCUUGCAGUGCCUUUCUUUCUCAAUCUACUCGUGGUUUGAGAUCCUUGCUCAGAAAUCAUAAUGUUUGUUUCUCCAUGCCUCUUUGCCAUCUUGAAGUUGAACAUGCUAAUGAGGCUGAUUUGGCUGAACUCUCAGAAAUUGAACAACAAAACUUAGGAAAGGCGUUUCAUCAAGAUUCUAUUUCUGGGGUGGACAAUAGCCCUCAGUCUCUCCUUGCAUUUAUUGGAAACACAAAUGUCCAUGGGUUAUAUGAUUUUCUAUUGAACUAUAGAUUUUUCCUGAAAUCCUUAAAUGGCAAUGAUGUUCCAGCAUUAUACGCCCCUGUUCCAUUCCUUAAUGCUUCUCUUUGUAUUCCAGAGGUGAAAUGCAAGGAGAUUAAAAGAGCUGAUGCAGUUUUUGACUCCGAUGAUCAUCUAAGCUUAUCUGAAAGCCCUCUAUGUUACAACAUAGAAGUUAAGGAUACAGUUCUACCUCCGUGGGUGAUCUGCAGGCUAUGUGCAGCAAUGAGUGCAACUGGAAAUACAUUUGAAUCAAUCUUCACGACAGAACCAUUGUCGACUGGGUUAAACAUUGCGCUUGAAUCUUUCUGUCAGGAGAAACCGGAUCAGCUUGGGAUCGACGACGCUUCCAUGCCUGAGAGUGGUGAUGUUCUAGGCCUUCCUGAGGCUGCUUUCGUUCCGUGCUUGCAAUCCGCUUCUUUGAGGCGUCUCAAGUACUGCGAGGGUUCUUUUAUCGCCUAUGUCAAUCAAAUAUGAGUUCUAUUACCAACCAUGUAAUGAUGGCCAUCCUUUAGCAUCCCAAACCUUUGUGGUUUCAAAAUUUUGAAUCAGUUUUCGAGGAGGUUAUCUAGUUUGAUUCAUUAUUCACAUCAUAAGUUUUUGUCGUUCCAGAAAUCAAGCAUCUCGUCAUGCUUCAGGCAUAUAAAUAUAACAUCAAUUGAAUGAUCUGUACAGUGAAAUCAAGAAUCUGAAAAACUUUAUGCCGAAUGCGUAUGGUUGGAUCUAAAAAACAUUUAUCUGAGAUCCUUGAAGGUUUUUAGAAUGAGUUUGACCAAAAUGGGCUCAAUCACUUUGAGCCAAAUCAUAAACCAAGAAGAAUGGUUUGUGCUUGCUAGGCUUCUCUCAUCGGAAAGAACAUUUUGAUUGUAAAUGUAUAUGAUUAAAGGAUCAUUUGAUAUCUCAAAUGGUGUAAUGAAAUUCUCAACUAUACCUUUGAAUGCUUGGCUUAAGAUCACU